AGCCUCUUCCUGCCUGGACUGUCCUGCCCUAACUUUAGCGCUUCAGCUUGUCCACGGAAUUGUCCUAUCUUGUCAUCAAAGCAAGGUAGAGGCACCCGUUUACUCUGUCUUUAACUUUGUUACUAAAGGUCCUACACCAUGUCCAUCCUUAAGAUCCACGCCCGAGAGAUCUUUGAUUCUCGUGGAAACCCCACCGUGGAGGUUGAUCUUUACACUGACAAGGGCUUGUUUAGAGCUGCCGUACCAAGUGGUGCAUCCACCGGGAUCUAUGAAGCCCUGGAGCUCCGGGACAAUGAUAAGUCUCGCUACCUUGGGAAAGGAGUUUCAAAGGCUGUAGAAAACAUCAAUUCUACUAUUGCACCCGCACUUGUUGGCCAAGAUGUAUCUGUGGUUGAGCAGGAGAAAAUUGACCAGAUGAUGAUUGAUCUGGAUGGCACAGAGAACAAAUCCAAAUUUGGAGCAAAUGCCAUCCUGGGUGUGUCCCUUGCUAUUUGCAAAGCCGGUGCAGCAGAGAAAGGUGUCCCUCUAUAUCGUCAUAUUGCUGACCUUGCAGGAAACCCAGAUGUCAUCUUGCCUGUGCCAGCCUUCAACGUGAUCAAUGGUGGCUCUCAUGCAGGCAACAAGCUUGCCAUGCAGGAGUUCAUGAUCCUGCCUGCUGGUGCGAGCAGCUUCAAAGAGGCCAUGCGCAUCGGAGCUGAGGUCUACCACAACCUCAAGAACGUAAUUAAGAAGAAAUAUGGUCAGGAUGCCACCAAUGUGGGAGAUGAAGGUGGCUUUGCUCCAAACAUCCUGGAGAACCAGGAAGCUCUGGAGUUGAUAAAGGAGGCGAUAGCCAAAGCUGGAUACACGGAGGAGGUUGUGAUCGGCAUGGAUGUGGCGGCAUCUGAAUUCUAUAGGGAGGGAAAAUACGACCUGGACUUCAAGUCUCCUGAUGACCCGAGCCGUUACAUCACUCCUGAUGAGCUGGCUGAUCUUUACAAGAGCUUUGUGAAGGAUUAUCCAGUGGUUUCCAUUGAGGAUCCAUUUGACCAGGACGACUGGGCAGCCUGGAGCAGCUUCACUGGAAGCACAGACAUCCAGAUUGUGGGAGACGAUCUCACAGUGACCAACCCUACUCGCAUCAGCAAAGCUGUGGAGGAGAAGGCCUGCAACUGUCUGCUGCUAAAGGUCAAUCAGAUUGGCUCCGUCACCGAGUCUAUGAGAGCGUGUAAGAUGGCUCAGGAGAGCGGCUGGGGUGUGAUGGUCAGCCAUCGCUCUGGUGAAACUGAGGACACGUUCAUAGCAGAUUUGGUGGUUGGCCUCUGCACAGGACAGAUCAAGACUGGGGCUCCAUGUCGCUCUGAACGUUUGGCCAAAUACAACCAGAUUCUGAGAAUUGAAGAGGAGCUCGGAGACGAGGCUCGUUUCGCUGGAAAGAAAUUCCGGAACCCACUGGCGCAGUAAAUGAAUAAAGCAUUUCUUCCUACACAUGGAGGAAUUAAUAUGCACAGAUGUAGAAACAACACACUGUUACAAUCAUGGUUAAUGAAGAACUAAUGUCACACUAACUGUGGUACUGAGUAAAAGAAAGAGAACAUACUGUAAUAAGCAACACCUCUACUAUUCUGUUUGUGGAGUAAAACAAUAGACCAGAUUCAAACUUCUGUAUUAUUUAUUUACAAAACUAAUUGAUUAAAAACAAAACUGCACGUAGAUUGAAAGUUAAUAAAAAGUUUUCUUAGAGACAGAA